AUGGCGGACAUUGAGACGCUCAAACAACAAAGGGCUCGAUUGAUAAAAUCUAUCGCGCUUAUUCAGAAUUUUAUUAAUAACUUUCGAGAAGGAGAUAGCAAACAUGGCUUAAUCCUCCGAAAAAAGAAACUAGUUGAGAUUCUUCAAAGUUUAGAAGAAAAUCAAACUGAAUUAGAUGUUAGAUGUCCAGGAACUUACUCAAAAGAAUAUGAGGAGUUAUUUGAUUUACAUUUUGAAUUGUCAGCUCAAAUUGAAGAUAUUUUAGAAACUAACAUUAACGAAAAUAAACCAAAUAUAGAUUUAAAACAUAGGCAAAUUAACAUCAAACUUCCAGACAUAAAUUUACCAAAGUUCAAUGGAAAUUAUUCGGAAUGGAAUGCAUUCAUAGAUAUUUACAAUUCACUUAUACACAACAACGAGCAUUUGUCAGACGUUCAAAAACUUCAUUAUUUAAAAGGGACACUACAAUCACCAGCAUCUGACUUAAUAACAAAUCUUUCUAUGACCAAUGAAAAUUACAACACGGCAUAUAAUUUACUGCAAGAUAGAUACAACAAUAAAUACUUAAUAAUUACAUCACAUCUACAAUCUCUAAAUGACAUAAAACCUAUACUACGAGGUUCACAUGAAAAUCUACAAUCAUUUUUGAACCAAGCGAGGCAGCAGACGCAGUCACUAGUAACAAUUCACGAAGAUGCAGUUUAUUGGGACAUAAUUUUAGUUUUUCAGCUCACAAAUAAAUUAGAUCACCAUACUCGUUUAGCUUGGAGUCUAUCACAACAAGAAGGAGAGCUGCCAACGUUAAACAAAUUUUAUAAAUUUCUUGAAACCAGGUCGUGUGCGUUGGAAACUGCAACCAAGACUGGUAAGAUAGAACAUUCCGGAGCAAAAAUAAAAUCUGUAAAUAUAGUGUCUCAAGAUAAUCAGCACAAACCAUGUAUAUAUUGUAAAUUGAAAGGACAUCGUGUAUAUAAUUGCUUUAAAUUUAAGAAACUACCAAUAACACAAAGACAGGAAAUUUUAAGACUUAAUCUCCAUUGCGAGAAAUGUUUAGAACCUGCUCAUUCACCAGAUGUAUGUAAAUUCAGUCAGAAUUGCAAAAUAUGCCAGAAGAAACACCACACAAUGAUGCAUGUAUAUAAUGAUAAUAAAGAUUCCACCUCAGAGGAAAAAGUGAGAAGCAGUGAAACUACGCAAAAGGUACUAUUUUCACAAGAGUCCAAUUCCAUAAGCGUUUUGUUAGCCACUGCAAUCAUCAACAUUGAAAACACUCGAGGGGAGCUUUGUGAAGCAAGAGCACUAUUGGAUAGUGGCUCACAGACCAACCUGGUCACAAAAGAUUUAGCAGAAAGACUGCAGCUCCCACAAUUUAAUUCCCGAAACACUCUGAGUGUACUACAGGGCAAGUCAUUAGGAGUAUCUAAAUCAACUAAAAUCAAGAUAAAUUCAAUUAAUAGUUCGUAUAGCAGAUCAAUAAACUGUAUUGUAAUAGAUAAAAUUACAACAAAUUUACCUGCACAAAAAGUUGAUGCCAGUGACUGGAAGAUUCCAAAUAACAUAAAAUUAGCAGAUCCUUCAUUUUCAAAUCCUGGGCCAGUUGACGUACUAAUAGGAGCAGAAUUAUUCUUUGAAAUCAUACAGCAAGGUAGUAUAAAACUAGGCUAUAAACUUCCCAUGUUGAAAAACAGCAAGCUUGGAUGGAUGCUUUCAGGACCAUAUAAGGAGCCAUCGAUGCAACCGAGUUAUGUAGGAUUCAUUUCCAAUGAUCAAUUAAAUUGCGAAAUAACAAAGUUUUGGCAAAUCGAAGAAAUAGACAGCAGUCCUCCAAUGCAGGGUUCGGACAAAAUCUGUGAAGACCACUUUUUAAAGACAGUUCACCGACAUGAAAAUGGAAGAUAUGAGGUGAGUCUACCAUUUAUUGAAAAUAGAAAGUCAGAACUUGGAGAAUCAUUCCAUCUAGCCAAGUCACGCCUGUUAAACCUGGAAAGACGCUUUAAAUCAGAUAAAAACCUUUUGAAUAAAUAUGCAGAGUUUAUGGAAGAGUAUAUUCGGUUAGGCCAUGCGCAAGAAACCACAGUGAUACAACAUUCAACUCAAGAAAAUCCAGUUUAUUAUCUUCCACAUCACCCCGUUAUAAAAGAAUAUGGUACAACCAAGUUGCGGGUAGUAUUUGAUGCUUCGGCUAAAACAUCUAAUAAUAUAUCAUUAAAUGACAUCUUACAUACAGGACCUAAGCUACAGCAAGAAUUAAUAUCAAUACUAAUUAGAUUUCGAUGCUGGAAGUAUGUUUUUAUAACAGAUAUUACAAAAAUGUACAGGCAAAUAAAAGUUGCUAAAAAAGAUCAAGAAGUGCAAAGGAUUUUGUGGAGAUGUGACCCAAAGGAAGACAUUCGUUGUUAUAAAUUAACAACAGUAACCUAUGGCACAUCUUCCGCACCCUAUUUAGCAAUUCGUGUUUUGAAUAAACUAGCAGAGGAUGAAGAAAGCAGUACACCUGUAGCAGCAGAUAUUAUUAAACAAGACUGCUAUGUAGACGAUAUAAUAACAGGAGCAAACUCCAUAACAGAUCUUCAUAUUAAAUCUGAUCAACUUGUGACAAUGCUUGGCCGCGGAGGAUUUUCUCUACACAAGUGGUCCAGCAAUAAUCAAGAAUUUUUAAACACAAUUGCACAAGAAAAUCAAGAAUUAGAAAAUACGUGCUUCAUUGAUAAAACUGGAAUAAUUAAAGCAUUGGGGUUAUUAUGGAACCCGACAGAAGACAUUUUUAAGGCAACAAUUCCAUCAGCAUUCCAAAGAACUUUCACAAAAAGAGCCAUUUUAUCAGCCAUAUCCCAAAUCUUCGACCCAAUGGGACUUAUAGCCCCAGUCGUAGUCAAGGCGAAGAUGAUAAUGCAAAAGAUAUGGAAACAGAAGACUGAUUGGGAUGAAGAAGUUCCAGCAACAAUUAAAGAAGAGUGGAAAACCCUUCAAAAUCAGUUCACUCUUCUAAAAGAAAUAAAGAUUCAACGGUAUAUGUUCAACCAAGAACCAAUAAAACAAAUUGAGUGCCAUGGAUUCGCUGAUGCAUCAAUGGCAGCAUAUGGAGCAUGCAUCUAUGUUCGGGCAAUAUAUAACAAUAAUUCUAUAUCAUCAAGGCUAUUAACUGCCAAAUCAAAAGUAGCACCAAUCAAGAAUGUGACUCUGCCACGACUAGAACUAUGCGCAGCAUUACUAUUAGCUAGACUUUAUAAGCACAUAAGUAAGGUAAUCAAUAUACAUUUUGACAAAACGUUCAUGUGGAGUGAUUCGACCAUUGUUUUGGGAUGGUUAAAAACUGAUCCCAGCAAGCUAAAAAUGUUUGUUAGCAACAGAGUGCAGGAGAUUCAGGAAACAACAUCCGGAAUAAUAUGGAGUCAUGUAUCUUCACAGGACAACGCAGCAGACAUAGUUUCGAGAGGAGCCACUCCUCAGGAAAUAAUUAAUAAUAGCUUAUGGUGGUUUGGUCCAACAUGGUUGUUAUCAAAUUCAGAAUGGCCCACCAAUAAGUAUGAAGAAGUGCCAGUAGAAGAUAUGCCAGAACUAAAAGUGCUGGUAAUUGCAUACUGUUUGAGAUUUAACUUAAAAUUAAAAUAUCGUCAUAAUAAAGAUACAUUAACUUUGAGCACCAGAGAAUUAGAUUAUGCUCACAAUGCGAUAAUCAAAUUAGCACAAAGAGAAGAGUUUAAUAAAAUUAUUCAUGAAUUAGAAAGUAAUAAGUACACAGGAUUGAACACAAGUUCAGAAUUAAAAGGUUUAUACCCAUUUAUUGAUUCUGAAGGAAUAUUGAGAGUGAGUGGUAGAAUAGACCAGUCAGAUCUUACAUUUUCACAUAAACAUCCGAUAAUAUUACCUAAAGGACAUCGGAUUACAUAUUUAAUAAUAAAACAAGAACAUGAGCGAUUACUUCAUGCAGGUACUCAGGCAGUAUUGAUGAACAUAAGAAGAAAAUACUGGCCAAUAAAUGCAAGAAAUCAAAUUAAGGGUAUCAUUAGAGAAUGCAUCAAAUGCAAAAGAUUUCGAGCUGAGCAAUCACAACAAUUAAUGGGAUCGUUACCCAGAGAUAGGGUUAUACGUCAACGACCAUUUUUGUCAGUUGGAAUUGAUUAUGCAGGACCUGUUCUAAUACGAUCUAGUCGUUUAAGAAAGGCUCCUAAAACUAAAGCAUAUAUUGUCAUCUACAUAUGUAUGACAACAAAAGCUAUACAUUUGGAUUUGGUUACAGAGCUCUCAACAAAAUCAUUUUUGGCUUCAUUAAAGCGUUUUGUUUCACGCAGAGGUGUAUGUUCUACAAUCCAUAGUGACAAUGGAACAAACUUUGUUGGAGCUAGUAGACAAUUAAAUGAACUGUAUAAAUUUUUUAAACUAGAAAUCAACAGAAAAAACAUUAUUGAAUGUGUAGCAAAUAUGGGUAUCACAUGGAAAUUUAUACCUUCCCAUGCUCCACACUUUGGAGGCCUCUGGGAAAGUAAUAUCAAAUCUAUGAAACAUUACUUACAUAGAGUUAUAGGAUCCACAUGUUUGACCUAUGAAGAAUAUUUGACUUUAUUAAUACAGGUGGAAGCCAUAUUAAAUUCCAGACCAUUAAUCUCUUUAAGCGAUGACAGUACCGAUACUAUAUAUUUAAGUCCCAGUCAUUUUUUAAUUGGAGACCUUAUGACUGCCAUCCCUGAACCAAUAAAUGACAAAGUUAUUACCAAUAGAUUAAGCAUACACAAGCAAAUUACAGCAAUGCGAGAUCGGUUUUGGCUUUUGUGGUCAAAGGCCUAUCUCUCAGAACUACAAAGACGUACAAAAUGGAGUUCGGGCACCAGCAAUCUAGAAGUGGGCACAGUAGUACUAAUUCAGGAAGACCAUGUACCACCAAUAAACUGGCCAUUAGGACGAGUAACCCAUGUACAUCCAGGCAAAGAUGGCAAAGUUCGAGUUGCAACUGUGAGGACUAUGAAGGGCUCUUAUAUGCGACCAAUUGUAAAACUAACGCCAUUAGUUAUGAAGGAAGCUUGA